AUGGAAUCAAAAGUCUCGGAAGGUGGCCUGAAUGUUACUCUCACCAUCCGGCUGCUCAUGCAUGGAAAGGAAGUUGGAAGCAUUAUUGGGAAGAAAGGAGAGACCGUGAAAAAGAUGCGUGAGGAGAGUGGAGCAAGAAUCAACAUCUCUGAGGGAAACUGUCCGGAAAGAAUUGUGACCAUCACAGGCCCCACUGAUGCCAUCUUCAAGGCCUUUGCCAUGAUAGCUUACAAAUUUGAGGAGGACAUAAUCAACUCAAUGAGUAACAGCACUGCUACCAGUAAACCACCAGUAACAUUGAGGUUGGUCGUGCCUGCUAGUCAGUGUGGGUCACUGAUUGGCAAAGGAGGCUCCAAGAUUAAGGAAAUCAGGGAGUCAACAGGUGCUCAGGUUCAAGUGGCGGGGGACAUGCUGCCCAACUCCACAGAGCGGGCAGUGACAAUUUCGGGGACCCCCGAUGCAAUUAUCCAGUGUGUCAAACAGAUCUGUGUGGUGAUGCUGGAGUCCCCACCGAAAGGUGCCACCAUUCCCUAUCGCCCAAAGCCCGCCUCCACCCCUGUCAUUUUUGCAGGUGGUCAGGUAAGAGCCGACCCGCUUGCGGCCUCCACUGCCAACCUCAGCCUUUUACUGCAGCACCAGCCGCUGCCUGCCUAUACAAUUCAGGGACAAUAUGCAAUUCCACACCCGGAUCAGUUGACCAAGCUCCACCAGUUGGCUAUGCAGCAAACCCCCUUUACUCCCCUUGGACAGACCACCCCCGCUUUCCCUGGAGAAAAGCUGCCCUUACAUUCCUCCGAAGAAGCUCAAAAUCUGAUGGGCCAAUCAUCAGGUUUGGAUGCCAGUCCCCCGGCCAGUACUCAUGAACUCACCAUUCCCAAUGAUCUAAUAGGCUGCAUAAUCGGACGCCAAGGGACCAAAAUCAAUGAAAUUCGACAGAUGUCUGGAGCGCAGAUCAAAAUCGCCAAUGCCACAGAAGGCUCAUCGGAACGUCAAAUUACCAUCACAGGAACCCCAGCUAACAUCAGCCUUGCCCAGUACCUCAUCAACGCCAGGCUGACGUCUGAGGUCACUGGAAUGGGCGCACUCUAA